CCUAGGGUUUAUCAGAUUCACCCUCUUCCCUAGGGUUUAUCAGAUUCACAGGCACACAUAAACCUCUUCAAUAGCUUAGUACCAGUGGUGCCUUUCUCCUUCCAGCACCGCUGCUGCAAUCUUCUUCAAAAUGGGUAAAAAGAAGAAAUUCAUCGACAAGAAAAAAUCGGCAACCUUCCAAUUACUCGCCAGGGAUUCCUCAGAUCCCAAUUACGACGAAACCCCAGGCAGCGAACGAGUCUUCGUCCGAGUUGACAACAACCCCGUCGCCGCCGAAGCUGUCUUCCAGGGCGAUAACCACCAGCACGACCAGGAGAUCCCGUACUAUGACGAUUCUAGAUUCGACGACGCACCCGAUGAUGACAACGAUGGCGAGGAUUGCCAUAGGCUUAUUGGUAGCUCUACCCGUGUGUCCACUACCGAAACAGGGCGGCUGCCGGAGCAAGUGAGGAGGGAAAUUCUAGAGCUGGGAUUUCCCGAUGAUGGGUAUAAUUAUUUACUUCAUUUAAGAGAGAUUAAAAAUACUGGAGGCGGUUCUGUUUUUUACCAUAACCCUAAGUUCAAAUUGGAUCAGCUUCCGCGAGAUGUAAAGGCAUAUGAUGCAUCGAGGCUUCGGAUAUCUGAAGCUAAAGAGGAUCAGAGUGAGAAUUCUAUUUACAGUGUGGCGUCAAAGACUGUCAAUGUGAGGGUGCAGAAGGCAGUUGAUCCUGAAGUUGUAGCCUUGCUUGAUGAUAGUGAUGCGUCACGGUUUGGUUCAGAUGUGGAGGACUUGGAGGAGGAUUUUGUUGUUAUUGCCAACAUGCCUGAAGAAAGAGAAGGAGAUGAUGUUGUUAGUGAUAGGAAGUUGAAUUUGGUCCAGGAAUCUGAGAUACUAGUAAAUGAAGGUAACAGCAAAACUUCUCAUUCUGGCAACCAAGAGGUUGUGGAAGUGAUAAAUCACCGUGUGGAAGAGAAAGAGAAGCCACGAGCUCGGCGUCUCCUGGAUGAGCAAUUUGAUAAACUUGAACUUCAAGAAUAUGGCAGUGGGGAUGAUGAUUGUGAUUAUGAUGGUUGUGAAGAUGAAGGAGAAGAAGUUCUAGCAGAAAAGCUCAAAAAUGUUCUUAAUGACCACUCGAUGGAAGACUUGGAACUUGAUGACAAAUAUGUUGGUCCUGCUGACUUAUUGAAGGCUAAUGAGAGACCAAUAAGUAAAGAAUCACUAGAUAAUGCAGCUGAUAUCCUCCGCCGUUGUGCUGAAUAUGCCAAGAAGUAUGAAAACGGAAGUGAGGAUGACAAAGUAGCUGUUGUAGAGGAAAGUAGUGAUGAGUCAGAGCAAUGGGAUUGUGAAACAAUCAUUUCUACAUACUCCAAUCUUGAUAACCAUCCUGGGAAAAUUGGAGCUCCGGCAAUUGCUAGGAGAAAGAAGUUGGUUGAAGCUGUUUUUGGGUCCUUAAGUGCCACAAGUCCUGUGAUAUCCCUUCGAGGAAAAGAGAAGCUUCCUGUUGACCAUUUGCCCCACAGUAAGAAAACUGCUGCAGAUAAAGUCACGGGAGUUGGUGGCUCUAACACCGAACAGCUUAAGAGGAGGCCACAUGGUCAUGAGACAAAGGAGGAGAAAAAAGAAAGAAAGGCUGCUGUGAAGGAGGAAAGACGUGAAGCACGUAAAGUGAAAAAAGAGAUGAAAGGGCUGUACCGGUGUGAAGCCCAGCGUGCUCAGAAGGUUGCUGCGAUAACUGGUCCAUCUUCCAUUCAUUUGAUGUAAACAUCCAGCCUCGUUCUUACUUAAGGCGGUAUCUUCCAUUAGGUGGUUUCAUUCUUGUUCAAGGCCCCCACUAUCAUGGCGUUUGAGAAUCCAACUAUUGUUAUUCAAAUUUAAGUUUGAGUCUCUUAUAGUGCAAAGGCAUUAGCUGAUAUAACGCCAUAGUUAAAUUAUAUAUCAGUUUUUGAGACAGAUAGUUAAAUAGAAUCCUCACUUUUGCUAAAUUUUAUGUAUGUCGUUUUUGGCAUGGUUUUCUGGCUUUCAAUUUUGAUGCAAUGAAAUAGAGGACUCUUU